GCACUGCUGACGACUGAUCUGAUCCCACACACACACACAAAGGCGCUCUGUGACGGCCUGUCGCGUCACACGCUCAUCAUAGCGCUCACUCACACAGGCACUGAAAGUCAGACCGGAGCUGGGAGAUGCUACGAGCUGGCAGCUGCUGAGUAAGUCCACUUUCCCUCCUCUGCACUCCUCUUUCAUUCUCUGCCUGCUUUUCUUGCUUGAUUGCUAUUCUCCGGCCCGUCUAAGUUCAUUUAUCUCUCACACUCUGCCCCGCCGCUGUGAAAUGGCCAGUGUUUUCUCACACUGAGAGACCUUUCAAACUUUUCUCUCAGUAUGCCGUGCACAUGCCUUUCUGCUUUUCUUUCUUUCUUCUCGGUGUAUGUGUAGCGGCAGAGAGGCAAACCCCGGGCUUAUUUGCAUGCUGGCGCAGAGCCAGAGCCCAAUGCUUUACCUUUACAGAAGAAUAACAGAGCCGCGAGUUUGCUAAUUUUGUCCCUUUCUGUGAUAUUAUUUCUCUAAAGAGUCUGCAAGGGCUGUUAUUGUCUUUGAGAAAUCUGGACGCACUCACGUCUCAGUCUGAAUGCUUCUCUUUUCCCAAAUUCACACAGUUGAUUGUGGGAGCUGUGGUGCAGGUGUAACGCUGUUCAUGAAUAGAGAGCUGAAGCAAUUUGCCACAGAGCUGAAUGUUUGCUAUGAAGUCUUCGAGUCAGGUUGGGUUUAUUUGCAUUGCUCCCAAUCACAAUCUGAAAGGGCUUUAGCAGCCCCCAUUCAAUGUACAGAGUGUAGGCGUUCACAUAGGCAAGAACAUGGAUCACAAAGACAUCACAGCAAGGGAAAAAAACUACUGACAGAUAUUGAACGAAGGGACACUAGUUCUACAACUGACACCAAAACUAAGCUGCUCGGUUUAGUGCGAUUUGGUGACCUGUGGGUAGCAGGGCCAGACCAAAUUGACUGUUUUCUACUGUUUUGAGUUCCCAGGCUAACAAAAAUGUACAGGUGCAGAAUAUCCUGGUUUCACUGCUUCAUUUAAGCUGAAUUAUUCCGCUCUUGUUCAGGAUUUAGCAGAAGUGGGCAGAUCAAUCCAAAUAUCGAUAGUAAUGAUGCUAACUCUGGUAUUGGAAAUGAAUCAAUACUUGGCUGAUAGGAUCGAUACUUUGUUUCUGUCCUCUAAGUACAGUAUGAAGCUCACUGAACUAAUUAUUGUGGACGGUAUAAAUCACAGUGAAUUAGGGUCGUUAAAAUGUGUUCAGAAUUUGCAAACCGCCCAUGAUUCAUCUCAUAAAUCAUGACACACUGGACACACUGCUCUAGCCUACAUGAGCUGCUUUUGCAGGUUUUUUAGUAUCAGUAUGCGUGCUGAUAUAUGCACCUCUUGCCCUGUAUCGGAUCAGUACUAAAAUUUGCACUACUGAGCACCACUAGGAUUUAGAAUCACUAAAUGGGCCCACCUGUGAAGCACAUGUGGCCACACCUAACCUCAAAGGAAACUUUUAUCAGUGACCAUAACACUGGAUCGCUCUCAAACGCUCAUUGGUCAGCUGUUAUCAGCCACACAAAUCCUAUUGGCUCUCACUCAGCAAAACAUUAGCCCACAUAUUUUAAAAACUGCACAAGGUUGUUUUCUGGGAUUUAGACUCUCAGGGCUUCCUGAUUAAUUUAUAACUAACUGUGUUGACAUGCAUGUUGAUAAGGUUCUGAAAAAACGAGACUGUGUGUGUGUGUGUGUAAUAUUCAACUCUUUAUCCCUGGGUCUGUUACUCACAGAUAGCAUAGAGUCAUUAGCACCCCACCCUGUCUAUGUCUGUGUGUGUGAGUGUGUUGACAUACUGAAGCUGCCCCUAUUUGCCCAUCAGUGUUUGGAAGCACAGCAGUAUUCUCACUGCAACACUCACACACACACACACACAUUACACUUGGCAUUGUUACUUAUUUGCUUAGGGCCUAUUGUGUUCUGCCAGCCAGAGCUGCAUUGAGUGAAAGGGAACAAAACAAUAAAGUAGGUUUAAUCUCUCUCUCUCACUCUCUCUUUAAAGCCCACAACAGAAGCAUUUACUGCCCAGUUGAUCCGGACACUCUACCCUGCACCUCCGCCUCCAGAAAGAGCCUGCACACUCCUGCUGCAGUCCAGAGAAACAGCACUUGACAAACAACACCGAACUGACCUCCAACUGCCAGGACUGUACCUGAUCCCAUAUCCUUCAAAGAAAAGGGCAACCUGACUCUGAGCACAGCGGGAAAAGAAGCAAUCACACCCCACUGCUGAAACACGACCCAGUGGACCGAGAGACAGAGGGGCUGACAGUCGUGUGUGGUGCCUGGGAAAAGAGGCAGGAUGCUGGCUCAAAUCCUUCAAGAUAUGUGGGUGGAACCUGAGGUUCUAGAGGCCCUCAGUGAGGAGCAGAAGAGGAUCCUCUUCCUCAAGAUGAGAGAGGAGCAGGUACGCCGCUGGAAAGAGCGCGAGGAGAAGGAGGAGAGGGAAAGAGGACACAACAGGAACACCACGUCAAAGAAAGCUUCCAGUAAACAUGUGAGGUGGCUCCUCGGGCGGGAUGGUGACGUGAGCGUCAGUAUAAUCGGUGAGGUGGACGAACUGAGAUCCUCCAGACUCCUCCAGAACCUCAUGAACAACAGAUUUCAGUCUGAUAACAUGAAUGCCAUCCAGAGAGUGGACUUGCUUCCAGGGAGUGAGGACCAGCAGCUUAACCUUAAAGAAGACAUCCAGCUACCCAUCACACAUGAUGACACGGCUUCACCGAAUGACCAGUCAUCCGAGGAAGACAUGGACUCGUGCAGCGCUGAUGACGACCCGAAGGACACGGCCGAGGACAGCGACAGCGAAUCAGGCAGCGGCUCUGACAACCUCAGCGACUGGACUCCGCUCUACAAGCCCCAUUUUAGUAGUCAUGGCAACCAGCCGCUCAGAGCCCCGCUGGCGGACACAGAGAAGACUGGCCCCCAGGACAGAGAAACCGCGUGCUACAAAGAGAAGCCAGAGGGCAGAGGUCGCGUGGAGCAGCUCAGGAAGAAAUUCGCAGAUAAUCAUCACAACACAUCAACUGCCUCCAAGAAACCACCCAUACCAGCCAAACCUGCUCAUCUGCAGAAGUGAAGCGCACCACCGACCCAUUAAGACUCCACGUGUAUCUCUGCUACACAUGACCCCGAAGAGCCUACUCUAUUGAGUGUAAUGAGCACUCUGUUGUACAGCAGCAGCUCAGGCUGAGGCUGCACGUACUGAAAGAAAAGGAUUCUGACUUGAACCCGAACAGUGAACAAAAGUCCACUUUAUUAGACCUUAUUUCAAGGUCCGAGCUACAGAAAGAGAAACAUCUGGGGGUGAAGUGAGAGAAAGACUUGAAAGCUUUUGGGCUGAAGUCAACCUGAAUGAUAAAACUAAGCAGCUUUGAUGUUGAGUUGAAAUUCGAGCACAGAUACGCUCACAUGGCGUCUGUGAUUGACAGGUCGACACAGAGCGUGGUGUCCAGAGAGACGCACGUGAACACAGACUAUUGACUGCAGGUGAAAAACACUGUGGUUUUAUUACUGACAUGUCAUAAGCAGGAAAAACUGAUAAAUCAUCUGCAUUUUUUUCUUCACUGAUCCAAAGGUGGGAGCUAUGUUAAAUGUAGUCCAUGUACCGUAUUACUAUAAUGUUUUUAACCGUGUUGAUUGCUUGUUGGCAAAAUUCUCCUUCAGCGUUUUAGCUGGCGUAAGAGUUUUGGGUUUAAAAGAAAACAACCAAAUUCAUGUAAAAUUAUUAACAGGGUCAGUAUACUCAGUGUACUUUCUACUGUCCCUGACAUUCACUGACAGACACGGACCUGCUCAGGAGGCCUUUCAGGUUUGGUGUCUUGCUCAAGAACAAUUUAUCCAGAUGUAUAAGAUAAUAUUUGGAAUAUGUGGCAGCCUACAGUGCCUUUUUUUUCUGUCAGAGCAAAUGUUACCAAUGGAGUAAUGGCCACUCCAGCACACUCGACUUGAAAAGAAACUGUACCUAUCAGAUUCAAAGGGACUAAACUGCGGCUCUUUUUGACAAAGCUGCAAGCUCUAGCAUGCAGCAUCAGGUCUCUGAGUUGAUCUACCAAUCCUGUGUCAGGAGUAUAAUGAAAGUGAACGAUAUUUGAUAGAAACACUUGGCUUCAUUACAUGGUGAAUUCUGUCUUUUCUAUUUUUUUCUCUGAAGUUGACCAUAAGACUUUUAGUAAACUUAGGUCCUUUAAGUCAGCGGUCCCCAACACCCAGGCCACAUGGCUCCAGUCUGCGGCUCGCUUGGUUCUGGGCCGUGAGAUAUGAGACUUGGGUGUGAAACUCAUGGCUUUCAGGCUUUCUGUCGGUUUUUAUUGUUAUUUUUUUAUCGGUUUUAUCGUUAACUCUCCUGGGUCUUUUCCCAUGUGUUAUGAAUAAAUCUUCUUUUUUUGUCCAAUACUGGUUUUAUGUUGUUGUAUUUAUCCACAACACCUUAAAGGCCGAUCCAUGAAAAUAUUGCCGGACAUAAACAAGUCCGCGGUGCAAAAAAGGUUGAGGACUGCUGCUUUAAGUAUCUCUAUUCCCCACAGAAUGCUAACGAGUAACGUUCCUUCAACUUUUACUGUGCAAUAAUUUAUCAGGCUGCCUCUAAAAGUACACAACAAUGUACAGUUUAGUAGACCAAAAUAAAAUAAUUAAUAAUUAUAAUAAAAUAACCCAUUUAUACGCUAAUUGUGCAGCACACAGGAAGGACAUUACAUAGACAUAAAUAUUCCACAAAACAAUAUAUUAGUGAUGAUACAAUGACCAAAGUAGUUGAAAGUUAACUUCAAUAACACUUAAAUCUAAGCAUUUCAAUUUCUCUUUGCCAGGUAUACUAUACUUUUUCAUUGUGUAUCUGUAGUUGGCUAAUCUGAAACGACGUCAGGUUCUGUUAGAAAUGCACAUAUGCUCUCAGGAAUUGACCCGUAGCAUGUUACAGAUAAACAUAAUACUGGAAUUCAGUCAAAAACAUGCUGAACAAGAGUGCACAUGUUGAAUAUAUAGUGUACAAUAAGUGAUUUCAGUUACAGCAUUAUGAUGAGGAAAGCUAAUAUCUAAACAUUUGCGUCAUUGACAUAAGCAAGUUAGCAUGCUAAUGUUGGCAUCCAGCUCAGAGCACUGCUCCUCACAGACUUUAGUAGGGCAAAAGAAAUUUGAUGAAUUUAGCCAAAAACUAAAAGUUGUGAUAUUUUAUUUACCUUUUAUUUGGUGAUUGGCAAAAAAUAACAAUAAAAAUAGCAAGAAACAACCCACUAAACAAACAUUAGCUUGUUUUUUUUUGAGGGAGCGUUUAGCCACAUUUGACAUCUGUUGACCUGACCAACGUUUUGUGGUUAAAAUAAAACAAAUCCAUAUCUUCAUGACUUCAACAUGGCCACAUGCUCAGGAUCGCCGACAGCUGUGGAAGCCACAUAAGUGCACUUUUUUUUUCUUUUUUUUUUACUUGUAUUGGCUAUUUGGACCCAAAGAUGUUAACAUUUCUAUACUUAGCAUCAGAUGAGGUCAGUCAAGAGGGCAUAAUCAGGUGAUGGACUUGGCAGGGGGGGAAAUCCACAUUUUAGUGCUAAAACACUGCUAUCUUUAAGCUCACAGAACUGCACGGUCAUCAAAUUAGAGGGACUGUGUGUAAAAAUAACUUAUGUUUCUAUGUUGGUCAGGCAAAUUGGAUGUGAACACCCUCCACUGCUUUGACUCAGCACUUUAACCUCAUGGCCAUUGCUUCAUUUCUUUUCCACUGCGCUGGAGUACAUAUCUAAAACAGUGAAAAGCAUCUCCCUGGACAAAUAUUUAUAGGCUCUACUGCAGCUUUACGGGACAUUAGGAGGAAGAAACCAGAGAAAAGAACAAAAUCACACCCGUGGCAGAGACAGCAGUACUUUAUUUUUAAGGUUUGCACUGUUUGAGCUGUAGUUACUACCUAACCAUUUAGUCACAUGUUCCUUUUACUUGGUCACUAAUUAAUUCCUAAAAGUCUUCACCAGCUGACACUUUGUUUUUUACCUUCUGUUUGUAUUUGUACUGUAUAUGUCCUACAUGGGUUUAUGCCUGUUGUGUAAAAGAACAAACUAAAAGAGUUUUCUUGCUUCUAACAAAGUUGUGUCUGUUCACAGUGUUGGUGUGUGUGUUUGUGUGUGUAGGGGUAGGUGGGACAGCUGCAGAUGACACAGAGAAGCUGUAGAUAGUGGUCACUUACACAAUGAUUAUCUAUUCAUUGGGCUCUAUCAGAAAACAGCCCAUCAGAGAUCAAACGGAGAGAACAGAAAGCUGAUUAGCAUGUGGUUCAGACUGAGACGGAGGGCGAGACGCUAGGGGAGACAGAGAAAAUGAGAGUCUGGUCACGGGAAGCACAACGUCACAGUCAACUCAGUAAACCUUCUCGCAUUCCUUCACCACUUCCACACCCUCACCCUCUGUGUGUGUGUGUGUGUGUCUGACUGAAGAGCGUGUGAGCGUCUGUCCGGCCAUAUAUCUUGAACCAUGUGACUCUACACGAGCAGUCAUGCACACAGCGUGAAAAGCGCCGCUAUAUAUAGUAGGACAGUGUUGGGUGUCCCAGUAAAGCAUUGUGGGAGCCUGUUCACCUUUGUUCCUUGAGAAAGCUCUUCUUGGAAUGUUUGUAUACACUCGUGUGCUGCGUAUAGAGAGUGCUGCUGCUCCUAAUUAUUUUCUAUCCACCUCGAAAGGUGAAAUUAGGACACAUGUAGCAUGUCAUGUGUCGACCGUGUGACAGUAAACAACAUAUAUUAUCUGGCUGUCUUUUGGAAAAGCUAUCUUCUAAU